CCGAUUUGUCUGAUUGUGUGGUGUUUCGUGUUUUCUGGUUUCUAGUUGCUGUAAUCAGUUAUAAUUAGUGUUAUUUCUUUUCAGCCAUAUUUCCACGAAUCGUAAUUAGUGCAACGCCGUGAAUAACGGUUUUCUAUAACCAUAUCCUAUAAUAACAACAUCAUGUUGGUACUAGUUCUUGGUGAUUUGCAUAUCCCUCAUCGCUGCAGCAGUUUGCCUUUUAAGUUCAAGAAGUUGCUGUUACCAGGCAGAAUACAACAUAUUUUAUGUACCGGCAAUCUUUGCACAAAGGAGUCCUAUGAUUAUUUGAAGACUUUAGCCAGUGAUGUGCAUGUUGUUAGAGGAGAUUUUGAUGAGAUUUCAACAUAUCCAGAGCAGAAGGUGAUUACUGUAGGCCAGUUCCGUAUUGGCCUCAUUCACGGUCACCAAAUAGUGCCGUGGGGUGACGAAGAGUCCCUCGCACUUGUGCAGAGGCAGCUAGAUGUGGACAUCCUCAUAUCUGGCCACACACAUCGGUUUGAGGCUUACGAACAUGAGAAUAAGUUCUAUAUCAAUCCGGGAUCUGCUACUGGAGCCUUCACACCGCUAUUCCAGGACACAAUCCCAUCAUUUGUGUUGAUGGACAUCCAAAGUUCGACAGUGGUGACAUAUGUAUACAAACUGCUUGGAGAUGAGGUCAAAGUAGAAAGGAUUGAAUACAAAAAAGCCUAACUAUAAAAUGUGUUUUUGUAAAAUAGUUGUAAUUAAUUAUUAUAAAGAGUUUAUUUUUAAUUAUACUUAAUAUAGUAUUCAAACUACGAUGUAUUCGCCAGUAUGUUUGUUUUAUACCGAUUAUAAAGCUGUAAGUGAUAAGACGAUUUUGCCAUUAACGACUUGCACGCCAUCUACAAUGUAAUUUAUAAAUGUACAAUAGAUUUUAAACCUUUAAUGCUUGUAAGUCGAAUUUUUAUCGGUCUUGAGAUCGACCCCCGAAACUAGAUUUACAAAGCAGUUUUUAUUAUAAUCACGUGUCUCUAUCUAUUAUUAUUUGUAAAUUUUCAUAGAUCUGUAAUCUGUAUGUGGAUUUGGAAGAUGGGUUUUAAUUUUAAAUAACUUUUAUUUGCUGUAAAAUAAACAUUAGG